AUGUCAUUUGCUCAAUUCGCCAAUGGAGCUGAAUGUGGACCAGCUAACCCAAUGGCAGGUCUCAUGAAGCAGUUUCACCAGGAUCGCUCGCUUCAACAAGAUCGUUUUCAUGGUGCUGAAGCAGAGAGCUCCAAGGCUGGUGGUUUUCGUAGCCGUGUGAACGCAAGUGCAGCAGUUGAUAGGCAGUUUACUGAGGAGUUCUUACGUGAUGAUAUGACGAGACCCAUGCAACAACAACAACAACAUCCAGCAUUCGAGUUUGGAGGUUUAUCGCGAGAAUUAGAAUCGAUUCAUCACAAACAAAAGCAACCGGCACAUCCGCAUCAGUGGACAAAUGAUUUCAUGCAUCAACAACAUGCAAUGCCUGUAAAUGAUCCAAGUCAGUAUGAGGAAUUUGAUAGAAUUUACGAGCAAAAUCGUAUGCAAGCUCAACAAUGGCGACAGGAGUUUACUACCUUUGAACCAGUGCAUCAGCAACCAAUGAUGGCACAGCAUGAACGACAAGCAUUUGAAGCAGCUUUUGAUCAAGCCAAGCAAGGCGCAGAGAUUAAUUGGGAUAAGGAAUUCGCUGAACGAGAGGCGAUUACCAACAAAGAGGAGCCAGCUAGUGAUGCAUGGGUGGAUGACUAUAUCAAACAAAGUGGAUCAGAGACAUCAGGCAAUAUGUGGAGUACCGAGUUUGCCGCUAAGAAUGAGCGAGGAUGGGCCGAGGAAUUCGAAGAGCAACAACAGCAACAACCAGCACCAGCACCAGCUCGAACAGGAAAUCCUUUGGAUGAUUGGAUUGCCAUGUACAAACAAAGCAUUGCACCAUUGAAUACAGCACAAGAUGCGGCAUGGGAUAAUAUGCAAAAGGAUUGGAAUCAUUUGGGAACCGGUCAACAAGGUCAAGGUUAUCGUGCAGUCAACCCUGAAUACGAGGCAUAUCGAUUUGCUAUCGACAAUCCAUAUACAAAUGAUCCUACAGCCAUUGAGCGUAAACAGCAACCCUCUCUCACCGAUACCAUUCUCUCUCUCGAAGCAAAGGCAAAAUUGGAACCAAACAACGCCAACACAUGGCAGCAGCUGGGUCUGUUGCAACAAGAAAAUGAGCGAGAUGGCGCUGCUAUCGCUGCAUUGAACAAGGCACUUUCUCAAGAUCCCAGUCUUUUGAAUGGAUGGCUCGCACUGGCUGUGAGUUACAGCAAUGAGAAUUGUAGAGCAGAAGCACAUGAUGCCUUGGAAAAUUGGAUGAAGAACAAUGAAAAGUACAAGGACCUUGCAAAUCGAUCAUCAUGGCGACAAGAUCGACAUGCUCAUAUUACUAACAUGUUCCUUGACGCUGCUCGAUCAAGCCCUGAACUCGAUGCUGAUGUACAAAUUGGUCUUGGUGUCUUAUUCAACAUGUCAGAAGAAUACGCCAAAGCCGUGGAUUGUUACAAGGCUGCUCUUCAAAGCCGACCACGUGAUUAUCUUCUUUGGAACAAAUUGGGUGCUACCCUUGCCAACGCAAAAGAAACAUCUGCUGCCAUUGACGCCUAUUUCAAUGCACUUGAAAUCAAUCCAUCUUAUGUGCGUGCUCGUUACAAUCUUGCUAUCAGCUGCAUCAAUUUUGGUCAACACCGAGAAGCCGCCGAGCACUUGCUUACAGCUUUGGCUAUUCAACAAACGGCGGAUACAAGGGUACCGAUGGUCAUGGAUCAAAACGGCAAUCGUGUUGCGUUGCAGACUGGUAUGAGUGACAAUGUAUGGGAUAGCCUGAGAAUGCUCAUGUCCACGAUGAAUCGCCCUGAUCUUGCAGGACAAUGCAAUAAGCGUAACUUGGAUGCGUUCCGUGGCGAGUUUGAUUUCUGA